CUUCUCCAUCCAUUUUUUUAAACUGCGUGUGUUUUCAGUAGGGGACCGUGCCAUCUGCAGACCCAGUCUUCUUGCUUUACGCACACAACACAACUUUUAAAAACAAGUCUCCAUCUUUCAUUUGGAAAUAUUUCAUAGCGCAUACGGUUUUUAUGUGGAUGCUUUUCUGGUCUAAUCGGAGCUUCAGACAUUUUCACUAGUAGUUUCCUGUCAGACAGCUCGGGGCUGUGUGGAGAGGCGGGGACGUUUCUCAUUCCACCUAAAUCCGCCCCGAGCUCGGGACCCCACGGACGCGCCAUGACAUGAAGCAGGACCAAACAUCUGGACAUCACUGAAGUUACCUUUUCUUGCUGAACUGAACAAGCCACCUGGUCCAGGACAGCAAGUGAGCUGACCUGCAGUUUGAAUUAGGUUUGCUACGUGUGAAACAUCGCCACCAUCAUGCAGAGCUCAUCGCUCCGCCGUCAGAUGAAAAACAUGGUGAACAACUACACAGAGGCUGAGGUCAAAGUUCGAGAGGCCACCUCCAAUGACCACUGGGGACCACCUAGUGGUCUCAUGGCAGAAAUCUCAGACUUGACUUACAACGUGGUGACCUUUUCUGAGGUGAUGGGUAUCAUCUGGAAGAGGCUGAACGAUCAUGGCAAAAACUGGCGUCACGUUUACAAAGCACUCACACUGCUGGAUUUUCUGGUCAAAACGGGCUCAGAGCGUGUGCCCAAAGCAUGCCGGGACAACAUAUACGCCAUUCAGACGCUUAAAGACUUCCAGUACUUGGAUCGAGACGGACGUGACCAAGGUGUCAAUGUUCGGGAGAAGGCUAAACAACUGGUGUCUUUGUUGAAGGACGAGGAGAAGCUGAAGAGGGAGAGGAGCCACGCUCUGAGGAACAAGUCCCGUGUAGGAGCGUCCGGCAGCAGCAGCACCACCUCUGUCUCAUAUACGUCUUCUUCAUACACGACUCGCAUCAGUGGGGAGGACUUCAGCAGGUGUAGAGGCUCACCAUCAUCAGCGCCAUCCUAUUUCAUGAGUAAGUAAAGUGGAACAAUUAAAACAACUGUUUCACAAAACCCAAGGAUCCUUAUCUACAGUUGUUACAUCACCUUAUUGUUUAUUUUUUACUAAACACUGAGCUGCAAAACACCUGAAUGCUUCCUGGAGCAUCAAGUGACCUGUUGCUAUUCAGGAAUUCAGUUGUGACAAAUUAAAGCGAUAGUUCAGGUGUUUAGAAAGCGGCUUUAGUGGAAAGGUUAUGAACCUUUAACAUGCUACGUGUCCUAGAAAGCUUUUUGAUUGGCCUCUGUUUGGAGAAACAGAGAAAGGUCAUUGCAGAUGGUGUGAUUUGCAGGAGAAAAGCACAGCGAAUGAACGCGGGCUGCAUUCCACUUCUUCAGCUAUGCAUGUUGGUUGUUCUGUGACACUGCUAACAGUUUGUCCUUCUAAAGGUUAGACCAGGGAUUCCCAAAGUGUGGUGCGAGCUGCCGCUAGGGGGUGCGCGAGGUGAAAAGUGUAAUGGCUGCGGAGCUCAGAGAAGUCUGUCAUAUGUCACCAUUAGCGUAAACUCAUUUGUGGGUGGGCACAAUAAAUGUAAUUGAAAACAAGUAUAUUUUUGCGCGCGCGCGUGUGUGUCCUCCGCAUGUGUCCUAGCUUCAUAAUAACAAUGCGCCGAGCUUCAGCGCUCUGGCCUGCGCACGCCGAUAUGUUCCGUAUUUGAUCAUUUUUAACGGUGUUGGAGGAAUCUGAAGGUGGCGAGUCAUUCUGGCAGAUUGUAAUUAACACCUGUCUCAUGCAGGUGUUCUGACAUUGUAAACCUCACACACAGAACAUUGUGGAUGUAACAAAAUAAAUCAAGAAAUGAUUCCCAUCUGAGCAUUUUAGCAUUAUUAUAUUAGCACACUGACUGUGGGACAGCAUUCUAAACGUGUCAGGCUAUUAACAGCACGCUGAAGAUCUGAAGUUCAGAGUGCGUCUAUCAGAGGUCAGACGCGUUCCAGCGGAACCACGGCUCACGGGUGCACAUGUGAGCACAUCUGGGCUGGGCAGAAGUAAUUUUACUACAUUGGUUUAAAUAGCGCCAAUAAUGAGACGCGGUGAUUUGAGCAGCUCAUGGAGCUGUGCCGCACACACACACACACACACACAGAUUCAAUAAGCGUGCAAGCCGCUCAAACUCCGCCGCGCCGUCAGACUGAAGGCAAAAAUGAGCGCUGCCUCCUCUGUGAUUAAAAACUUUUAGGAGGUUUUAUAACAUUUUUCAUUCCAGGUCAAAUUAAGCUAUUAGCUUCUAUUUUGGGAUGACGUAUUAAAGUCGGGUCCGCUCCAGCCAGUGACUCCUCAUGAACCUGACCACAACUCCUGUUACUGCAGCAUUUGUUAUUCCAGUCCGCGUGGCAGCGGAUCGCAGAUUCAGCCACGCCAUAAAACAGCAAAAAGUCGGUCUGAGGCAAAAGUGAAUCUCAUGGCUUUUCCAUAUUUUCCCCUAUAGACAUUUGAUUACGCACAAGUAGGUGAUCAGCUCAGGUUUACGCAGAGCAGAAGGAAGGAGAGCGCUCUGGCCGCUCAGGUUAAACGUGAAGGUGGCCUGAGGGCCCGACGUCCUGUAGUGGGUCCUGUGCUCACUGCCCAGCACCGUAGAGCUCGACUGGCAUUUGCUCAAGAACACCAGAAUUGGCAAGUCCGCCACUGGCGCCCGGUACUUUUUACAGACGAGAGCAGGUUCACCCUGAACACCUGUGAUAGACGUGAAAGAGUCUGGAGAAGACAAGGAGAACGUUAUGCUGCCUGCAACGUCGUUCAACAUGACAGGUUUGGUGGUGGGUCAGUGACGGUCUCGGGAGGCAUAUCCAUGGAGGGACGCACAGACCUCUACUGCCUAGGAAAUGGUGCUCUGACUGCCAUAAGGUAUCGAGAUGAAAUCCUUGAACCCUUUGUCAGACCCUAAGCUGAUGCAGCAGGUUCUGGUUUUCUCCUAAUGCACGACAACGCCCGGCCUCAUGUGGCAAGAGUAUGCAGGCAGUACCUGCAGGAUGAAGGAACUGAAACAAUUGAAUGUUCUUCACGAUGCCCUGACUUAAACCCAAUAGAACAUCUGUGGGACGUUAUGUUUCGGUCCAUUAGGCGACGCCAGGUUGCUCCUCAGACUGUACAAGAGCUCAGGGACGCCCUCACACAGAUCUGGGAGGUAAUGCCACAAGACGCCAUCCGUUGUCUCAUUAGGAGCAUGCCCCAAUGUUGUCAAGCAUGCACACAAGCUCGUGGGGGCCACGCAAGAUACUGAAAAGCAAUUUGAGUUGCAGAAAUUUAAGUUUUUGAAAUUAUGGACUAGCCUGCCACAUCUUCAUUUCACUCCGAUUUUAGGGUGUCAACACAAUUGAGCCCUCUGUAGGCUGAUAACUUUUGUUUCCAUUACAAUACUUGUCAUCCUUUUGUUCCUAAGACAUUGCCCUGUCGUUAUUUGUAUAGAUAUCCAACUUCAUAUUGAGAUCUGAUGUAUCUGACGUGUUUCUUUAAAGUGUUCCGUUAAUUUUUAUGAGCAGUGUAUAUAUAUAUUU